AUGCCGCGAGGCCACGCCCCGGCGUCGGCCACGCCCCAGGCUCGCCACAGGGCCUCACCCCCGUCAGCCCCGCCGGGCCGCGAGGCCACGCCCCGGCCUCGAGGCCGCGCUCCCAGCAGCCUGUGUCGGGCGGCCGCGCCCGGCUCUACAGCGAGGCCACGCCCUGCCAGCCUCUGCCCCGCCACAGGGCCACGCUGCGCCGAAAGGCCACGCCCCAUCCUCGAGGCCGCGCCCCCAGCAGCCAAUCUUAGGAGGCCGCGCCCGGCUCUACCGCGAGGCCACGCCUCCAGCAGCCGUGGCCGCGCCGCGAGGCCACGCCCCAGCCACGCGGCCGCCCAGGAAAGUGAACUGCCCGCGCCCCGGGCCGAGCUUCCGCCGCCUGCCGCCCCUUCCUUCCCCCAGGCAAAGCAGGACUUCUUAGAGGGUAUCCAAAGAGGGGUCGCU